AUGAAACAACAGAGCUUGAACGAAAAAAAUAGUUUAGUAGUAACUUAUGAAGAAAAACGUCAGAAAAAUUAUGAAAAUGGAUAUAAAGAAUUACAACAACAUCAACAAUUAUUAUGUGAACAAGAAAAACGUGUACAAAGAGAACGUGAAGAACGAGAAUAUAAACGUGAAUUAGAAUUACAAAAACAAAAAAUAAUCAAAAACACAACAAGAAAAGAAAUGGAAUAUAAAAGUCGUCUUGAAUGGGAACAACAACAUAUGCAAGAAUUAACAACACAAAAAUCUCGUUUACGUGAACAAAUAAAUGAUUUAAAAUCUCGUGAAAAAGCUCUUGAGCUUGAAUUACAAAAUAUGGAUGAUACUAUUCAAAUAAAUAUAAAUAUUCAAAUAAUUGAUCAAACAAUAAUUGAUAUACAAAAACGUACAACUUAA